AUGGCGCACAUGCUCGAUGGCCCAGUCCCUGAUGGUGCACGCAGCGUAUCCUGGCCAUGGUAUCAUCACGUUCUCACAGAUGAGUUGACCGUGGAUGCACGUACUCUAUUCGAGCAGUAUGCCAAGGUCCCACCAAAAGACGUCGAAAACCAUAUCUACCGAAUAAGAGAUAAAGCUUGGGGUAUCUUUCCCUGGCCAUGCAUUGGGGAGUUCUGGUUCCUCAGCUUCGGCCUAGCCAAGCACCCACUCUACCACAAUCUGGUCCUCCCACGUUUGAAGACCGGAGAUUCACUGCUCGAUCUGGGAUCGUGUAUGGGGCAAGAUCUCCGAAAGCUCGUAUUUGAUGGCGCACCCUCAGAAAAGAUUUAUGCUUCCGAUGUAUUCCCACAAUACGAAGGCCUCUCCUAUGAGCUAUGGCGUGACAGGGAUACCUUCCCUCAUCACUUCUUGGCUGAUGACGUCCUGGCUGACAAUGAAGACUUCAUGAAAGGAGCUUUGAUGACCAAGCUCGGCCCAGGUCAAACCGAUAUCAUCGCUAUCAACAUGUUCCUUCAUCUCUUCGACUACGAGAACCAGCUAAAAGUCGCAACGCGCAUCAUCCGUCUCCUUUCCCAUAGACCCGGAAGUCUGAUACUUGGCUCCCAAGCUGGUGUGCGACCUCCUAUGGAGCAGCCACUGAAGCCGCCCUUCGACAAAACAGAGGACGGAGAAACUAGGACCAUCUACCGACACAGCCCAGAUUCCUUUAUAGACCUCUGGAAGAGGGCUGGAUCCUUUGCGGGAGUGCCGAUCAGAGUCUGGGCCGAUUUUCAAAUAAUGGAAAAGAAGUCCGAACAGUAUCCUGCAGGUGUGGAUACAGGACUCGAGGCCGUCGCAUCAAAGAAACCUUUCACUGCAGACGAUCUCUUUUCGACGAGUUCGGCGAAGAGGGUCCUGUUUUCGACGGAGCCGGAAGCCAGGAGGCUAUAUUUUUCCAUCAUCAGGACCUGA